CUUCUCCUCCUCUCGCUUUCUCUCUCACAGGGCAAAAUCUCAUCUUCAUCUCUCCCUCUCUCUCCGAUUCUCUCCGAUCCAAUCCAAUCCAAGCAAAGUCAUCACUAUUUUAAUUUCGUCUUGGUGAAGAUUGACGAUCUCUUCUUGGAUUCGAGAUUAGUGGAUAAGUUUUUAACGGUCUGACUUUGGAUUUAGGAAAGUGAAGUGAACUUCAGGCAAUCAUGAGCGACGAAGGAGAAAGGACCUGUCCUCUCUGUGCUGAGGAAAUGGAUUUGACAGAUCAGCAACUCAAGCCUUGCAAGUGUGGUUAUGAGAUCUGUGUCUGGUGCUGGCAUCAUAUAAUGGACAUGGCUGAGAAGGAUGACACAGAAGGUCGGUGUCCAGCAUGUCGUACUCCUUAUAAUAAGGAAAAGAUUGUUGGGAUGGCAGCAAAUUGUGAAAGGUUGGUGGCUGAGAUGAAUAUGGAGAAAAAAUUCAAAACACAAAAGGGGAAAACUAAAAAUUCUGAAGGAAGGAAGCAACUUAGCAGUGUGCGAGUUAUCCAAAGGAACCUUGUCUAUAUUGUGGGAUUGCCUCUUAAUUUAGCAGAUGAGGAACUUCUCCAGCGGAAAGAAUAUUUUGGUCAGUAUGGCAAGGUUAUGAAAGUGUCUAUCUCUCGUACAGCAGCUGGUACCAUUCAACAUUUUGCAAAUAAUACCUGCAGUGUAUAUAUUACAUAUUCAAAAGAAGAUGAAGCAGUUCGCUGUAUUCAGUCAGUACAUGGUUUUAUAUUGGAGGGCAGAUCUUUAAGGGCUUGUUUUGGAACCACAAAAUAUUGUCAUGCGUGGCUGCGAAAUGUGCCUUGCAGCAACCCUGACUGUCUAUACUUGCAUGAAAUUGGUUCACAAGAGGACAGUUUCACAAAAGAUGAAAUAAUAUCAGCUUUUACAAGGAGUAGAGUUCAACAAAUUACGGGUGCUACAAAUAGUUUGCAACGGCGCUCGGGAAAUGUCUUACCACCACCGGCAGAUGAUUACUGCAAUAACAUUUCUGCUUCCUCGGGCAAACCAAUUAGUAAAACUUCUACAAAUAAUAUAAGUAGCAGUACAAAAAGUUCACCACCGAAUAGUAGUUCUGGGAGAUCUGUUGCUCUUCCGGCUGGAGCCUCAUGGGGAACACGUGCUUUGAACAAUCAGCUGACAUCUAUUUUACCAUCUUCCAAUGGACCACAAAAGCAAAAAUCUGACGCUUGUAAUGGGCCAGUUACGUUCUCUACAGCUCUUGCAAGCUCAAAUCACAUUCCUCUGUCCCAUGCUGAGGUUGGGAAGAAGCUUCCUGCUGAAGAGAAUAAUAAAACUCAACUGGAAAGCAAGCAGAUGUUGGAGCCUCUUAAACAGAAUUUAGGUUCAGAUUCUCCAACUACCAUGUCUGAUGUCCCAAGCCGAUCUAGUAAUCCUACUACUGCAACUACGAGCAGCAAACUAUAUGGCUUACCUGCAUCUAAAGAUAAAGAUAAACAUGUCAUUUUGUCUCCUAAAGUCAUUAACUCUGACGACACCUCCUCAGAAUCCUCUGGAUCUGGUUCAGUGAAAGAUUUAAAAGACGAUAUAGAUGAAAAAGUUAAGACUUUAUCCAGUGAUAUGUUGUCAUUGGCCAUUGAUGAUAAAUGUCGUGGGGUAGAACAAAUCUACCUAGAACCAAGAGAACCUUUGACUUCUCAGACAACUGGGAAUGCAGUGGAAUCUAACGGUGAUAGUUAUCUUCAAAGGAAUAAAUAUUCCGAAACUCCAGGAGUGCAAGUUGCCUCGCAUGAAGAAAAAGAUGACUUGCUAUCUUUUGAAGACCAGAGACUGAAGGAUCCUGAAGUUAUCAGUGAUGCUAGUUACUUACCAAAUAGUUCUCAUUCUUUACUUUCAUCGCUAAACCAUAGAGGUUGUUCUCCUCUGAAGAGUGGUCCUUUCAAUGGUGAUGGUGAUCUUCAUGUUGUAGAUAACAAAGUUGAUUCCGUAUUGCAGUUGUCUGGUACUCCAGUUUUGUCUAGCGGGUACCCUGAGAAUCAGUUCAACAGUUUUGCGUCUUUGGCCAAUAAUGUUGAACAUUCUUAUUUUUUUACUAAUGCUGAGAAAUCUAAGCAUAUUGGGAGAUAUGAUAGUGAAGUUUUGAGUGCCAGCCACAAUGUUGCUUUAGAUAUGGGGGAGAGCAGCAUAAUAUCAAAUAUUUUAUCGUUGGACUUUGAUUCUUGGGAUGAAUCAUCAUUAACUUCACCUCAGAAUUUGGCCAAGUUUUUGGGUGAAAUUGAUGGACAAGAAGGCUCCCAUGGAGUUGUGAGCCCCUGGAAAGUACAGCAAAGCAAUCAGUCGAGGUUCUCCUUUGCAAGAGAGGAGGAUCCUAUGAAUCAUGCCGCUGAUGGUGAAUCAUCUCUUGGAUAUAUUGGUCAAGCUUUUAGGCCUCAAUAUUCCGGCCAUGACUUUGUGAAUAAAGCAAGCAUCCAUUUAGAUAAGGUUGGCACUCGAAAUGGUAUGUCAUUGGUAAAUGCUGAGGAACCUGAUAUUUUUGCCAGCAGUCAUUCUCUUAUCACUUCUAGCAAGCUUCCAGUUUCAAGAUCUCAGGCAUCAGCGCCUCCAGGCUUUUCAACACCAAGCAGAGCACCACCCCCAGGUUUUAUGUCUCAUGAGAGAAUCGAUCAGACUUGCACCUCAUUUUCCGGGCACCCUAUGCUUGACACCUCUGCACUCAGAAAUCAGUAUCAGCCAAUGCAGCCUGGAAAUGUUAUGAGCAAUGGGGAUAUUGAGUUUAUGGAUCCUGCAAUUUUAGCUGUUGGUAAAGGGAGGCUUCCAGACAGCCUUAGUAGCUCUGGCUUAGACAUGAGAUCAAGUUUUUCUCCUCAAUUGAAUACCCUUGAAGAUAAUACAAGGAUUCAGUUGUUGAUGCAAAGGUCUCUUUCCGCUCAUCAGAAUCAUAGACUUGAUGAUAUGGGAGAUGCCUUUUCUUUUGCUGAUUCAUUUAGAAGUCCUUCAAGGUUAAUGGAGCAAUCGAUGGUGAAUAACAUAUCUCCAUAUUCACAAGUCAGUCUUCCACAGUCUAGAAAUCCUUUGAUGUCAAAUGGCCACUGGGAUGGUUGGAAUGAUGUUCAGAGUGCAAAUAAUUUGGGAAUGGCUGAACUCCUUAGACCCGAAAGGUUGGGAUUUAAUAAAUUCUACACUGGGUACGAGGAUUCCAAGUUACGCAUGCCCAGCCAAGGUGAUUUAUACAACAGAACAUAUGGAAUUUAGUAGAAUCAAAGGAACUCUUGGCCUGUGAAGGCCAUAAUGGUGGAACAAGAUCAGAUGUGAUCCAAUGGACAGUGGUCUAGUAAUGAUACAAUAGCUUCCAACUUGCUUGCUUAACAGUGACUUUAAGAGACUGGUUCAGGAACUUUGCGACUUUGUGUUUAGCAAGACGAAGCUGAUGUGUGAUAGGUCUUACCUGGCUGAUUCCGAUUGGUAAAGGAUGAAACCCAGUCAACAGGGUAUCCAGAAACCAAUAGAUGAAGAAAUGCCGAGACUGUGGCUACAUGUGAAGGUUGAAAGAGAGGUUUUGCUGGAAUAUUGCGAUUUCAGGUUGUUCUCCUGUACUACUAAGGAGUUCUAGUGUUCUGUGUACAAUAGCCAAGGAAUUUGUGGAUAAUUUGAUGGAGGGGUAAAGUUGACCAGAAAUGAAAAUAAUGCUAAUUGGUGAGUUGGUAGUUUUUUUUUGUUUUGGGGGGGGG